UAAUCCAGGCUUUUUUGUUUGUUUUCAUCCUGCCACACAAAAGAAAAACUUCUUGUGAGACUGCUGCAGUGGAGGCAAGUGUAAGAGGCGGAGUGGGGAUGACAGAAGAAAGGUGUCUCAAAGUGGAGCACUAUGUUGGUGAAAUUAAAGGUGGCCUGAGACCAGCCAUGAAACUCACAGUCAUAGGAAUGGUACACUCCAACCCCAAGAGCUUUUCAGUGACACUGCUCUGUGAUCCAGUGGAUGCAAACAAAGAUGUUGGCCUAUUAUUUACAGUUAACUUCAGCGACAAAACCAUCACCCGAAAUGCACGAAUUGCUGGGAAAUGGGGGAGAGAAGAGAAGACUAUUCCCUACUUCCCAUUUACAGCAGGCGACACAUUUAAGAUGGAGCUCCUAUGUGAACACCAGCAAAUACGAGUCUUGCUUGAUGGACGGCAGCUCUGUGACUUUACUCACCGCAUUCAGCCUCUGAACUUGGUGAAAGCUUUGCAGAUUUCGGGGGACAUCAAGCUUACCAAAGUUGCUUGAAAAAAAAGGAGACCACAAUAUCACCAGGGGACAAAUGUACUUUCUCCUGUCUGAGAAAUGUUUUAUCUUUUUCUCCUGGCUGAUUCUGGAGAGUGGGGACUGUCUGUUUUUAAUUUGCUAAUGAGUUUGAAAGUCACACUUUUUUUCUCAUACAUAUUCAGCAAUUGCAGAGCUAUGGCUGGUCCAGUUAAAUCAGAGAUCCUUUGCUGAGGUACUCUCUUGGCCUCUCAAACUACAAGAUUUAUGAUGCUAUGCAGUAGCUCACGUCCUUAUGGUCCCCUAAGCCCCCAGCCAUUGCAGACCUGCCUCAAUCCUCUGUGGUGUAGCGGCUGUUACCCUUGUGACUAGAAAUGGGGAGUAUGCAGGUGGUGGGACUGAGAGAAGAGACUAGGAGGUUUUCUUAUAAGUGAAUAAGGGAGUCUGGUGGGUCCCAACAAGGCUCACAUUAUCAGGAGGGAAUCGCUUUCCUUGAAACCUCCCGGUGCUUCCCAGUACAGAGCUAUACAUGCCUUACCAGCAUCCCUGUCUCUUGCAGGUAGUGUUCUUGUGGAUUUCAACAGCUGUGGAUUUCAGAGUCUUCUCUGUACCAGCCCUAGGAAAUGAUAUCUAUAGUGAAACUGUAUUGCUCAUUCUUGUAUCUAAUUAAAAAUGCAUCUUUGCUGCA